AUGGAAUGCAACAAGGAAGAAGCUUCAAGAGCCAAGGAUGUGGCUGAAAGAAGGCUGCAUGAAGCGGACUUUCCUGGUGCCAAAAAGAUGGUUCUCAAGGCUCACCGGCUUUUUCCUGGCCUUGAAAAUAUUUCUCAAAUGCUUGCCGUUUGUGAAGUUCAUUGCUCUGCUUCUGUUAAGAUCAAUGGGGAGACAGACUGGUAUGGAAUUCUUCAAGUAGAACCAACUGCAGAUGACAUGGUACUUAAGAAACAGUACCGUAAACUUGCUCUUUUACUUCAUCCUGAUAAGAACAAAUUUGCUGGUGCUGAAGCUGCUUUUAAGUUAAUUGGUGAAGCUCACAUGACAUUGACAGACCAAGUAAAGCGUCGUUCCCAUGACAAUAAAAGGAAACCAGUUUUUGCAACUUCCAUCCCUGUGCCGAAGAAGCGGGGACGAGCAUCAAAGAAAACUGAUCCUGCUCAUAAGAGGGACAACAAGGAGAACUCUUGUGUUCCAGAUAUCAAGAAGACUCCACAGCAACAGGCUGGAAAGUCAGCUGAAUUUCCUAGUUUCUGGACAAUUUGCCUGACUUGUGGGAAAAAAUACCAGUAUCCAUGUAGUUUUCUUAUGAAAUUUGUCCUCUGUCAGAUCUGUUCAAGGAGAUUUCUUGCCUUUGAUUUGUCCAAGAAAUCUGUUCCUGCCCAAGUAGACGCAGAAUAUCCAUCGAGUGGAUUUGGGACGCAACCGCAAAAGUUCCCUCCUAGUCAGCAAGCUGAUGUCAGUAACCAGCAACAUAAUCCUCACCAGCAAAAUCAGAGUUUUCCUGGUUGGCAAAAUCCUCUUACCGCCUGUCCAACUCAUCCCACUCACCAGCAAUCUCAGAAUGUUCGUAAUCACCAAACUCUUACUGCUGACCAACAACGGCAGUCUCAUAGAUUUCCACCUAGUACAGGAUCAGAGAAUGUUAUCAGCUCCGAGGCUUCAGGCGAUCCUAACAAAAAAGGAGCCACAUAUAGUAAUCUCCCAGCUAAGGCUGGGAUAUGCAAUAGCACGAAGGUACCAAGAGCAUCAUUCAAAGAAGAAAAUGGUGCAGGUAGAGCUGAAUCGCCGUUUGUGUAUUCUGAUAAACUUUCACCUAUAAACAUGCAGAAAAAAGGAAUACAGUCUCAGCAUGUUCCUGGUCAGCAAACUCCUAUUGUGAAUCAGCAAGAUCAGUCACAGAAACCCACUUUUAAUGCAGGGUUGGAUAAUACUGUGAGUUCCCAGGGUGCAGGUAAUCCUAACAGCAAGGGGACGGCAGACAAUAAUGUCAGAGCUAAUGCCAGGUCAUGCAAUAGCAUGAAGUCACCAAGAGCAGCACGUAAUGAGGAAAAUGAUUCAAUCAGAACUGAGCCACCACUUGCGAGUUCUGAUAAAAUUUCACCUGCAAACAUGGGAAAAAGGACAAGGGAGGACCAGUCUAUGGAAGGUGUCCGUAAUGUGGCCGGUGCAGUCAAAACAGGGCAGAAUCCUAAGAGAUCAAGCCAACAGGAAAAUAUCAGUAAUGAAGAUGGAAGUGGUGGUUGCAGAAAAGGCAUUGAUAAUCUUCAUGAUUCUCCUGUGGCAAAGAGGAUCAGGAAAGGGUACUCUUCAUGUAAUGCUGACAGAACUGGUGGGUCGAUAAAUGAAGAUGGCAAUGUUCACAACACACAAAGACGUAGUAUUCCAGUUACAAAGAAGACUCCAAAUAAAAAUGGGGAGGUGGUCAAUGGCUUGUAUGAUAAUGAGAAACAGGGAGCAAGUAAGAAAGAGGAAAUGCCUAACUCUGAAAGGAAUGGCAGUGUCAGGUCUGUGGGCGAUGCCAAUGGUGGUGUCUCAUAUCCAGAUCCAGAGUUUUAUGACUUUGAGGAAAAUAGGCGUGCAGAUCAAUUCAAAGCUGAUCAAAUAUGGGCAGUUUAUGAUGACAAUGAUUCCAUGCCAAGGUACUAUGCUCGAAUUAAGCAGGUUUACUCUCCAAACUUCAUGCUGUCAUUCAGCUGGUUAGAGUUUGACCCUGUGAAUGAUGCUGAGAAGGCAUGGUCUUCUAAGGAGCUGCCUGUUGCUUGUGGUAGUUUCAGAAUUGGGAAAACGACCUUUACAGAAGAUAGAAACAUGUUUUCCCAUGUAGUUGCUUGGACAAAGGGAAGGAAGAGAAAUAGCUAUGAGAUUCAUCCUGUGAAAGGCGAUGUAUGGGCCCUCCUUAAGGGAUGCGAGUUUAACUGGAGUUCAGAUUCCAGUGAUAGUAAGCACUGCAGUUAUGACAUUGUAGAAAUAAAAUCAGACUUCACUGUGGGUACUGGUAUAUAUGUCACUCCAUUAAUGAAGGUUAAGGGUUUUGUCAGCCUUUUUGUGCGACCGGACAAGGAAGAACCAUAUUUGAUUCCUGGUGGUGACAAACUAAGGUUUUCACACAACAUUCCUUUUCAUAGGUUGUCAGGAGCUGAUAGACAGCAUAUCCCUAAUGGUGCCCUUGAGCUGGAUCCUGCAUCUCUGCCUUCUAACUUGGAAGAAGCAUCUGUAGACCUUGGCAGGAACGUUUUUAGCACUCAGAAAGGUAAUAUUGGAGGCAAUGUUUCGUCUACUGGAAACUCUCUGAAGUGUGAAAUGCCAGUUGGUAAGACCAAACAGGGUCUGGAUAGUGCUGCUACACAAGGAUGACGUUAAUAGUGGAUUUUGGUUAUCAAAAUGUAGUACACUGUUGACAAAGCUGCAGCACUGAGAUGCUUGUUUUUGUUGUUGGUUGUACCUAGUGUCAAGUAGGCGA